AUGGCCAAAUGUGGAAGAAUUCCUAUGAAGACUGCAACGUAUGGUCAUGAUGUUACCUUUUCUAAGGUUAUUCAACUUCUGAAAGCUGGGAAAGCAAAGGAAGUUUCUUACAAUGCACUGGCUUCACAUAUUAUUUCAGAAGAUGGGGACAAUCCAGAAGUUGGAGAAUCUCGUGAAGUUUUUGAUCUCCCUGUGGUAAAGCCUUCCUGGGUGAUCUUGUCUGUUCGCUGUGGAGCUCUUCUGCCUGUAAAUGGCUUUUCUCCAGAAUCAUGUCAGAUCUUUUUUGGAGUCACUGCCUGUCUCUCUCAGGUUUCAUCUGAAGACCGAAGUACGCUGUGGGCUUUGAUUACUUUUUAUGGAGGGAAUUGCCAGCUGAGCCUCAAUAAUAAGUGUACUCAUUUGAUUGUGCCUGAGCCAAAGGGGGAAAAAUAUGAAUGUGCUUGUAAACGGGACAGCAUUAAAAUUGUGACACCGGACUGGGUACUGGAUUCUGUAGCUGAUAAGACUAAAAAAGAAGAGACUCCUUAUCAUCCUCGUUUAAUUAUAUACGAGGAGGAGGAGGAAGAGGAGGAGGAGGAAGAGGAGGAGGAAGAAGAAAAUGAAGAACAAGAUUCUCAAAAUGAAGCUAGUACUGAUGAAAAAUUAUCAAGCCCAGCAUCUUCUCGAGAAGGCUCACCUUUGGGUGAUCAAGUUUUUUCACCAAAAUCUACUACUGCUGAUAAGGCAAAAGGGGAACUGAUGUUUGAUGAUUCUUCAGAUUCCUCUCCAGAAAAGCAAGAAAGGAAUUUGAAUUGGACACCAGCUGAAGUCCCACAGGCAUCUGCAGCAAAGCGCAGGUUGCCUCAAGGGAAAGACUCUGGGUUAAUUAAUUUAUGUGCCAAUGUCCCACCAGUGCCAGGUAAUAUUUUGCCUCCGGAUAUGAGAGGCAAUCUAAUGGCUUCAGUACAAGGUGCCCAAAGUUCUGAUCGACAGGAAAUGAUGGCUACGUGGAGUCCAGCCGUGCGGACAUUAAGGAAUAUUACUAAUAGUGCUGAUAUUCAGCAGAUUAAUAGACCAUCAAAUGUAGCACAUAUAUUACAAUCACUUUCAGCACCUACAAAAAGUUUAGAACAACAAGUAAAUCAUAGCCAACAGGGACAUCCAAAUGCGGUGCUCUUUAGUCAAGUGAAACUAACACCAGAGACACAUUUAUUACAGCAGUCACAUCAAGCACAGCAACAACAGCACCAUCCUCUUUUACACCUUCAACCUCAACAACUUAUGCAGCUACAACAGCAGCAGCAGCAACAACCCCAGAUUUCCCAGCAGUCUUUCCAACAGCAACAGCCUCAUCAGUUUUCACAACAGCAACAGCAAGUCCAUCAGCAGCACCAGUUCGCACAACAGCAGCUUCAGUUUCCACAGCAGCAGUUACAUGCGCAACAGCAGCUACACCGUCCUCAGCAACAGCUCCAAUUCCAACAGCAGCAUGCUUUGCAACAGCAACUUCAUCAGCUGCAGCAGCAGCAGCUACAGCAGCAGCAAUUGCAGCAGCUACAGCAACAGAAUCUGCAACAACAACAGCUGCAACAUCAGCAGCAGCAAAUACAGCAGCAGCAGCAAUUGCAGCAGCAGCACUUACAGCGGUUACACCAACAGCAUCAGCAACAGCAAAUGCAGAAUCAGGCAACACAACACUUAACUCAGACAUCUCAAGCACUACAGCAUCAAGUUGCAGCCCAGCAGCCACAACACCACCAGCAGCAACAGCAACAACUGCAACAGCAGCCGCUCUUUGGACAUGAUCCAGCAGCGGAGAUUCCAGAAGAGUAUUUCCUACUGGGCUGUGUCUUUGCAAUUGCUGAUUACCCAGAACAGAUGUCUGACAAACAGCUGUUAGCGACCUGGAAACGGAUCAUUCAAGCACAUGGUGGGACAGUGGACCCUACCCUUACAAGCAGAUGUACACAUCUUCUUUGUGAAAGCCAAGUCAGUAACAUGUAUGCUCAGGCUUUAAGAGAAAGGAAGAGAUGUAUUACAGCACACUGGCUGAACUCAAUCUUGAAGAAGAAGAAAAUGGUACCACCUCAUCGAGCCCUUCAUUUUCCAGUGGCAUUUCCACCAGGAGGAAAGCCAUGCUCUCAACACAUAAUCUCUGUGACAGGAUUUGUUGAUAGUGACAGAGAUGACCUCAAACUAAUGGCCUACCUAGCAGGUGCCAAAUACACAGGCUAUCUGUGUCGCAGCAAUACAGUUCUCAUCUGUAAAGAGCCCAGUGGCUUGAAGUAUGAGAAAGCUAAAGAGUGGAGAAUACCAUGUGUAAAUGCGCAAUGGCUCUGUGACAUACUGCUAGGAAAUUUUGAAGCUUUACGGCAGAUACAGCACAGUCGGUAUACAGUAUUCAGUCUUCAAGAUCCACUUUCUCCUAGUCAACAUCUAGUUCUAAACCUUUUGGAUGCUUGGAGAGUCCCAUUAAAGGUAUCACCAGAAAUUCUAAUGGGUGUGAGGUUGCCUUUGAAACCAAAGCAAAAUGAAUCCAGUCUUCAGCCAUCUUCCAAAAGAGCAAGGAUUGAAGACCUACCACCACCUACUAAAAAACUCACCCCAGAAUUGACGCCAAUGGUGCUCUUCACAGGAUUUGAACCUAUGCAAGUUCAACAGUACAUUAAGAAACUGUAUAUCCUUGGAGGUGAAGUAGCAGAAUCUGCCCAGAAAUGCACCCAUCUAAUUGCCAGUAAAGUGACCCGAACAGUCAAGUUCCUGACAGCAAUUUCUAUAGUCAAGCACAUCGUAACUCCAGAGUGGUUAGAAGAGUGUUUCAAAUGCCAGAAGUUUGUUGAUGAACAGAACUUUGUGCUCAGAGAUGCUGAAGCUGAGGUGCUAUUCUGCUUUAGUUUAGAGGAGUCUCUAAAGAGAGCACAAGUAGCUCCACUGUUCAAGGGAAAAUAUUUUUACAUUACACCUGGAAUUUGUCCCAGUCUUUCCACCAUGAAAGCUAUUGUGGAAUGCGCAGGAGGAAAAGUAUUAUCCAAACAACCUUCUUUUCGAAAACUCAUGGAGCAUAAGCAGAAUAAAAGUUUGCCGGAGAUAAUCUUGAUUUCCUGUGAAAAUGACCUUCAUUUAUGUCGAGAGUAUUUCGCAAGAGGCAUAGAUGUCCACAAUGCUGAGUUUGUCCUGACUGGGGUCCUUACUCAAACACUGGAUUACGAAUCGUAUAAAUUUACUUGAUGGAUAGUAAAAUGCCUUACUGCUUCGGAAUCCUUGGAGCAUUAAAUCUAGCUGUUCAGCCAUUGUACAAAGCAACUAAAACUUCCUGUGGAUGCUGUUUUCAAGCUGUUUUCCUAGGGAUGAUGAGCAGUUUAAAGCAGGAAAGCAAAAAUAAACUGCAUCUUUUUUAGGAUGUGUAAUUUUAUUAUGCUGAAACAUAAUUUACUAUGUUUUGUAUUAUACCAUUUUAAAAGAGCCUACUUUAGCUAUCAUGAUUAGCCCGUUUUUAAACAUUUUAACGUAAAUGAUGGUACUUCAGCCAAAAGUGUAAUUUGGAUGUAAAAAUAAAAGGGCUUGCUAUCUAUUAAAUUAUGGAUGUUGAAGAUA